AUGUCUAUUAUCGAUAUUGAUUUUACUUCGGAGCACCCGAAGCAUAGUAUAAGGAAGAGAUUUCUUGAUGAUUGGAUAUCCUCGCUAGCAUUCGCUCAAGAUGAAUCCUUGAUCUAUAUUCAAACAGCACAUAACAAGAUUUUGACGUUGGACUCUACUACACUAGACCCUAUCUCUACAUCGGUUUGCUUGGAGCAGAGUAUUUUAUACUCUGGAGCGAUACUCCCGUUAUCAAUAGACGGGCAGCGGAGGACUCUGAUAGCUUCAGGCACUGUCCUAGGGGGUGUAGUUAUUUGGGAGUUAGAAUCUCAGGCUAUAUUGCAUACCUUGUCAUCUCACGAGGGAUCUAUAUUUGGUGUUGUAUUUUCAUCCGACGGAAAGAUUUUGGCCAGUUGCUCUGAUGACAGGUCUAUCAGACUGUGGGAGGUACAAUCAGGCAAGGAGAUUGCCAUUGGAUGGGGUCAUCAUGCUAGAAUAUGGCAACUGCUUUUUGUACACGACAACGAAAAGCUUAUUAGUGUGUCUGAGGAUUGCUCAGCUAGAGUGUGGAGCUGGAAUUCAGAGUCCACUUCACUUAUCUGCGAACAGGUACUCGAGGGCCAUCUUGGCCGAAAUGUCUGGUGUGGCGCAUUGGGGAAUGGCGAAGAUCGUUCUGUUCUAGCCACUGGUGGAGGCGAUGGUAGAGUCAAACUAUGGGAUAUUGAUCUUCGAGCUUCAAUAGACAGAAACACGAAAAAAUAUUCUAUGGCUAGCACUGGAUUUAUGGAUCCAACCCCAGUUCAUAAACGAAAACAGGAAAUCUUUAAGAACUACGUGCUACUCAACUACAACCAUAUUCUAGUCGGUACCUCGAAGAGCCGAUUAUUGUUUUUUAAUGGCAAAAGUCAUACCUGGAAAGUGAUUCCUGAAGUUACCGUAGAUUUUUACUCUAUUAUUAAAGGGUUCGGAAAUGAUCCGAGUUGUGCCGCCAUUGCAACUAGGGAUGGCAAAUUAUUUAUCGCAAGGGUCUCUGACAACGAUAUUGCUGUAGAAUGUUUCGAGGUGGGCCAUCUUUUUCAAGGAAAGCUUUCCGACCUCUUGACUUUUACAGUUAACACCAAGCAUUACGUAAUAUUGGAGACUCAAAAUCCGCACGAUCCUGUUGUGUUGUUUGAUGAUACCGGAAAAUGCAGAGCAAUAUUGACAGUGCCGGAAACAUUCCACCCAACAGCUGCUGUUUAUGAAAGUAGAACCAAUAUACUGUAUCUGGGCUCACGCCAUGGAGCAGUAGCAUCGUAUACUCUAGAUUUUACAUCUGAUCGGGUUGAAAUCACGCCCAAUAACUGCUGGAGGCGAGUCAUGUCAGAAGAUGCAAUCACAUCAAUUCUGUUGAGGCCAUCAACCAAUUCCCUAGAGACAACUUUAAUUCUUACAAGCAGAGGAGGAUACUUCAUGAUGGUGAAUAUUCAAGGUGCGCAUUUACGUCAGCUUAGUCUUAAUAGGCUCCCUAGAUGUGAUAUUGAAGGAAGUUCCUAUUCGAAUGGAAAACUAAUAUUGUAUGGAUUCCGGACGGACCUUUUUUUUGUCUGGAAUCAUACAGAUCAAUAUGAAGUGCUGACAGAAAAGUGCGGGGGAGCACAUCGUAUCUGGCACUUCAGAAUGAACCCUGACGAUGAAGAUGCUUACGAUUUACUAUAUACAAAAGCUGUCGAGGUGAAUCAUGUGAAAAGCAGUGGUCACAGGGCCAAAUUUCAACAGAGCGUUUUACAACCUCUAAUACAUGGCAGAGAAUACCGAGGCAUCGAGUUUUCUUCCAAAAAGUAUAACCAGCAACUAAUAAUAGCCACUGGUUCGGAGGACACCUGCAUAUCUCUAAAUACUCUAGACCCACGUACGGGAGCGUUAACCAAUUGGGGAAUCUAUGAAAAGCAUGUAUCUGGUAUCACAUCCCUGCAUUGGACCGAAGAAGGAGAGUAUUUGAUUUCCAGCUCAGGCCAAGAGGAGUUGACAAUAUGGAAAGUAACACUUGCUAAAGAUGAGGGACCACACAUAUACCCAUUAAUAUCACUUCCUACCACCUGUGAUAUCCCUGAUUUGAGAAUUAUGAAUUCUGUCACUCGGAAAUUAACUAAUGGAAAGUACCUUGUUGUAAGCAUAUACUCAGAUUCAACUUUCAGAGGGUGGAUUUUUGAUCCCACAGAAACUUCGUUCCAGCCCUCAUUCAGUGGAAACUACCGAGAGUGUUGCCUUUUGAAUUGCGACAUUCUUGUGCUUAACGAUGAAUUCUAUUUAUCCAUUAGCUCCACCGAUGGUCAUCUUGCUAUUUGGAAAAUUGGAACGGAACAAUCAUUGGGUAUGUUCACUCCCCUCGCUGAAUCAUUGCUCCGAGUACAGCUUCAUCAAUCUAGUGUGAAAGGCUCAUUUUUCUAUCAGAAGACUCCCUUAUCAUUUCUCCACGUUUCUGGAGGAGACGAUAAUUCUCUGGUCGCGACUGAUAUUAAUUUUGCAAACGGAUCAAUCUCUGGAACCAGGAUAUCAGUUGUAGAAAACGCACAUUCGGCAACAAUCACGGGAAUCGCCAGAAUUCCAGGCGCUAGCGAUUUAGUAUUUGUUAGCAUUGGCAGUGAUCAAAAUCUCAGAAAAUGGAAACUGACACCAGAAGGUAUUUCCUUAGUCGACUCCAGAUAUACCACUGUUGCUGACACCGGCGUUAUUGAUGCGUACAGCGAUGCAAAUGGGUCUAUCGUUGCUCUUGCCGGAAUGGGUAUGUCCAUAUGGACUGUAUAA